CUGCUCUUGUCUCGUCGGCUCGCCAUGUUCUCGUCUCCAAAUUACACCCCACUCGAGCAGCCCUGGCCGGAUAAUAUGGAUUUGUCUAGACAGGGUGUCGAAGUACCGGGUACACGCAGACCAGGCCAAACUGGCCACUACCAAAAUGGUGCUUGGGGUCUCAAGUCGGUAACUGCACAACCCCACGUCCGCGUGCUCCCAGACAUCUUCGAGCUUGGAUUGAAAAUCUCCACGAAUGACCGGUAUCUAGGACAUCGGCCACUCGUUUCCGCAAAGCCUCUCAAGUUUGCGGACCAUUUUGUCUGGCUGACUUACGCGCAAGUAGAUGAACGUCGCCGGAACCUUGGGAGUGCGUUGCACAAGUUGUUUAUGGACGGUGUUUUGGGUGGGGGUGAACUACCGACCGUUGGAAUUUGGAGUCAGAACAGGCCAGAGUGGCAAAUCAUCGACGUUGCACUCCAUGCAUAUGGAAAAGUCGGUGUCAGUCUGUACGACACUUUGGGGAAGGAUUCAGUUGAAUACAUCAUUGAACACGCGCACUUGACGGUGGUGUUCGCCACCAUACAGCACCUUCCAAUUUUGCUUGCUCUCAAGCCCCGGGUGCCAAUGCUGCGCAUGAUUGUGUCUAUUGACGAUCUCUCGGACGAGACAAAGAAGGUUUUGACUUCGUGGGGGAAUUCGCAAGGUGUUCAAAUCCGGGAACUCCGAGAACUCGAGGAGUUCGGGAAGGCCAACUUAAUCCCACCUCUACCGGCUAAGCCGGAGCAGAUUGCGACGCUUUGCUACACCUCAGGUACAACUAGUAAUCCGAAAGGCGCAAUCCUUACUCAUGGAAACCUAACGGCUGCAUCUGUCUCGAAUAUUCAUGGCAUUUUCUUUGGUAACAAGGGACUAGAAAUAUCUUAUUUGCCUCUAGCACAUAUCUAUGAGCGUAUUAAUGUGACAAAUGUUACCGCAAUGGGAGGCGCAAUCGGAUUUUUCAGUGGUGACCCCCUUCGGCUCCUCGAGGACAUGUGCAUCCUUAAGCCCAACUACUUCCCUUCUGUUCCACGUGUCCUCAACAGGAUCUACCAGACUGCGAUGCUAACAGCUCAGCACCCGGGGUUGAAGGGUUUCCUCUUCCGCAGUGCGGUGGAAGCCAAGCUCAAGAAAAUGCAUGAAACAGGAGAUGAUACCCACGCGUUCUGGGACAAGCUUGUUUUCCGAAAAGUACAGGCAGUGCUCGGUGGUAAUAUCCAGUUGUGCACAUCCGGGUCGGCUCCCAUUAGUCCAGCGGCUAUGGACUUCCUCCGCAUCGCACUUGCUUGCGAAGUCGUUGAAGGCUACGGUAUGACCGAGAAUUGCGCUACGAUUACGCGCUGUUGGCCUGGUGACCCGUCCUGCAGUGGAUUCGUCGGUGCACCCCAGCCAUGUAACGAAAUCAAAUUAGUGGACGUACCCCAUAUGGGUUAUACCUCUGAAGACAAGCCCAACGCUCGUGGUGAGAUAUGUAUUCGGGGAGAGAACUGUUUCGUAGGUUACUACAAAGACGAGAAAAACACGCGAGAGACGCUUGACGAUGAAGGUUGGUUACAUACUGGCGACGUUGGAGAGAUUGACAGUUUUGGGCGUUUGAAAAUCGUCGAUCGUAUUAAGAACAUUAUGAAGCUUUCCCAAGGCGAAUACGUUGCUCUCGAGAAGAUCGAAGGCAUAUACGAAUCAAGCCCUCUUAUCGAGCAAGCGUAUGUACAUGGCGACUCCCUGAGAGACCACCUUGUUGGUGUCUUCGUUCCUGAUCGGGUCCAGCUUGCCGCACUCGUCAGCAGCCUCCGUGGAAAGCAGGUUUCACCGGAGGACACUGUGACUCUUGCCAGUGCAGUAAAAGAUGCGAUGGUUGUGCAGGCAAUAUUCGAUGUAGGGGCGAAGGAGGCGAAGAGAGCUGGUUUGAAAGGGUUUGAAUGCGUGAAGAAGAUCCACGUCACUCUUGAACCAUUCACGGUCGAUAACGGCCUAUUGACCCCGACUUUUAAGCUUAAGCGGAGGGACGUCCAGACUAGAUACAAAGGUGUUGUUGAUGCUCUGUAUUCCGAUUCGGAUGCCGCACCUUUGUCCUCUAUAAAACAAGAAACUGCGAAGCUUUAGACGGUCAAUUGGAUAAUCGCAUCUCACUGCUGGAUUCAUUAUAUUUUGUCUUUCAUCGCUUCUAUACAUGUUGUCGUAGCGUACAUACUUACCAUUUGAGAAUCCUUUAUAAUCAGUGUCGG